AUGGACGAGCUCUACAGCAAGGCGGAGACCCUCGCCCUUCGGAGGAAGCACAUUGGGCCUUCCUGCAAAGUUUUCUAUGCCAAGGACCCUCUGAAGAUAGUCCGUGCUCAGGGUCAAUAUAUGUUUGAUGAGAAAGGAGAAAAAUACUUAGACUGCAUCAACAACGUUGCACAUGUGGGCCACAGCCAUCCGUAUGUGACAAAGGCUGCAACAAAACAGAUGGAACUGCUCAAUACAAACUCCCGCUUCCUGCAUGACAACCUUGUUCAGUAUGCACAGCGUCUCACAGCCACCCUGCCUGAGAAACUCUCUGUUUGCUAUUUUGUUAACUCUGGGUCUGAAGCAAAUGAUCUUGCUUUACGACUGGCUCGGCAGUACCGUGGGCACCAAGAUGUGAUCACCCUGGAAAAUGCUUACCAUGGCCAUGUUACAUCUCUGAUUGACAUCAGUCCCUAUAAAUUUAAUCAGCUGGGAAAGGACAGCAAGAAGGAGUAUGUGCAUGUGGCUCCUUCUCCAGAUAUCUACAGAGGGAAAUACAGGGAAGACCACCUGGAUCCAGCAAGUGCUUAUGCUGAAGAGGUGAAAAAAAUUAUUGAAGAAACACAUAAGAAUGGACGCAAGAUUGCUGCCUUCAUAGCUGAAUCCAUGCAGAGCUGUGGAGGCCAAGUAAUUCCACCUGUGGGCUAUUUCCAGAAAGUGGCAGAGUACGUGCGUGCAGCGGGUGGAGUAUUCAUAGCUGAUGAGGUCCAGGUUGGCUUUGGCAGAGUUGGGAAGCAUUUUUGGGCGUUCCAACUGCAAGGGGAAGACUUUGUGCCUGACAUUGUCACCAUGGGAAAGCCCAUCGGCAAUGGACACCCUAUGUCUUGUGUGGUCACAACAAGGGAAAUUGCUGAAGGUUUUGGUGCUUCUGGACUGGAGUAUUUCAAUACAUUUGGAGGCAAUCCAGUGUCUUGUGCCAUUGGAUUGGCUGUGCUGGAUGUAAUAGAGAAAGAGGAUCUCCAAGGGAAUGCCUCACGUGUAGGAAAUUAUCUCCUGGAGUUGCUGGCUGAGCAAAAGGAGAAACAUCCCUUAGUGGGAGAUAUCAGGGGUGUUGGAUUGUUUGUUGGAGUGGAUCUGGUGAAAGAUAAGCAAAAGCGAACACCAGCCACAGCUGAAGCUCUUCAUCUUAUUUACAAACUCAAAGAGCGUCAAAUCCUUCUUAGUGCAGAUGGACCCUACAGAAACAUUUUAAAAUUUAAACCACCAAUGUGUUUCACAAUGGAAGAUGCAAAACAUGCAGUGGAAGCUAUUGAUGCACUUCUUACAGAAAUGGAAGAGGCCACUGGAAUGAAGACAGAAAAUAAUGCAUCUACAAAUGUACAGUGUAAAAGAAAAACAACUGAAGAGAGUUCUCAACCAGAAGGUGCAAGUGAAAGCAUCGGCCACAUGAAUGGAGCUGCCUGCCGACAAGAAAAUGGGAUUUAUUCGAAAAAACGCUCAGUGCCAAGUAAAAGAAUAAGAACAUGA